AUGGUCAACUUCACCCCCAUUUUCGACCGCAUAAGGCGGCUCGAUGUUCAAUACAACAAGCCCAGCAAGGAGAUCCGUGGACGAGACACCAUCCUCCCCAUCACCCUCACCUCCAUCUUCAUCUUCUUCAUGUGGGGUCUCGCCUAUGGCCUGCUCGACAUCAUGAACUACCACGUCAAGGUUGCCAUGGGUAUCGGCCGCCAGAAGGCCGCCAUCUUGGCCGCAGGUUACUACAGCGCCUACAUUCCUGGUGCCCUUUUGAUCGGUGGCCCUCUCGUGAAGAAAGGGGGCUAUCGAAUCGCCAUGGUGACGGGACUGUUUGUUCUCGCUCUGGGCAACGAAUUCAUGUCCAUCGGCGCGAGUAGCUGCAGUCUCGCCGGCAUGGUGGCCGCCCAUUUUGUCAUCGGACUGGGCGUGUCGACCUUGGAACGCUCAGCAAAUCCGUACGCCGUCAACUGUGGUCCUCGCCAUCAAGCCGCUCUCCGAAUCCUGAUGGCGCAAGCCUGGGCUGGUAUCGGCACUGUCGUCGCUCCAUUCUUGGCCAACGCCUUCGUCUUCAACCCUGACACUUCGACAGCACGCCCCGCCCCCGACCCUCUUCACCCCGGUCGAUGCUUGAUGCCUACGGCGCAAUCCGCCUCCUGCGCCAAUCUGGGCAGCGUCAUCACUUUCUACCGGGCUCUCGGGGCCUGCGUCUUCGGCUUGACGUUCUUUGUGGCCAUCCUCUUCUUCCGCACCAAUUGGUUCCCCGAGGUCGAAGUCCCCGUUUCCGCGCCUGUUGACUGUGGCUGGAAGAAGUGGAAGCACCCGCUCGUCUCGCGGCGUUUCGCCCGGAUCUGGUGGGGCGUGGCAGCAAACUUUGUCAAUCUCGGCUGCCAGGUGACAUUUGCCCAAUUCUUCAUCGAGCACAUGAAGGUCAAUGCCUGCGCCAGCGAUCGAUGGGCAGCGUACUACAUGUCUCUUGCACAGACGGCCUUCGUCAUCGGCCGCUUCGCUGCUGCGGGACUCGUCAUCAUGCCGAGAAUCUUCAAGCCCCGGUACGUGUUGAUGUGCUUCAUGGCUGGGGCCGUCGCGACGACCGCCGCGGGUACAGGAAUCACCGCCACCGCUGCCAUUGCCGUGGCAAUCAUGGUCAUGUUCUUCGAAGGGCCGUCGUUCCCGAUGAUCUUCGAGAGCGCAACGGCCAGUUUCGAGGAGUGGACACCGACCUGCGAGACGCUGAUGAUCAUCAGUAUCUCCGGUGGCGCCUUGCAGCCGGCCUUGAUGGGCCAGCUGGUGGAGUCGGUGCGUAUCUCGCGCGCCUGGUGGCUGACGGCUUCGUGCUUCCUGCUCGUGUUCACCUACCCGGUGGCGACGAACUUAAUCCCCUCGUUCCGCCGGGCCCUGGACAAGGCCGAGAUCGGCCCCGACGCGGUCGCCGACCAAGCCCAAGUCGCCGGCGCCGACGAGGAGAACGGGCUCCAGCGCUCGUCGACGUCCAAGGAAAACUUUGCCGUCCGCAUCGUCGAAAAGGUCACCUUCAGGAGAAACAAGUCUUCCGACGAGACAGGGUCCGGUUCUUCGCGGGGCUCGAGGCUCGCAGGAAGGGUGGGUGGAUUGCUAUGGUGGUAG